AGUUCAUUCAGGAGCUCAGAGAACUUCAACACACACACACACACACACAAAAAUGUCGAACCCGACCCCGGUGUCCAAACUCGGCAAUGCGGAAAACCCGAGGGCCUUCUUCGAUGUAGAAAUCGGCGGUGAAAAAGCCGGCCGCAUCGUGUUUGAGCUCUUCGCCGAUGUCGUCCCUAAAACGGCGGAGAACUUCCGCGCACUCUGCACUGGCGAGAAGGGACUCGGCAAAAGCACUGGGAAACCGCUGCACUUCAAGGGAUGCCCUUUUCACCGCAUCAUCAAGAAGUUCAUGGUGCAGGGAGGGGAUUUCUCGAAUCAGAAUGGCACGGGAGGCGAGAGCAUCUACGGGGACAAAUUCGAGGAUGAAAACUUCAACUAUAAGCAUGAUAAAGAAGGCCUGCUGAGCAUGGCCAACGCCGGGCCCAACACCAACGGCUCUCAGUUCUUCAUCACCACUGUGCCCACGCCUCACCUGGACGGCAAGCAUGUAGUGUUCGGGCAGGUGCUCAAGGGCAUGGGCGUGGUCAAGAUGCUGGAGGCCAUCGACACUGAGGAAGAUCAUCCGGUCAAGCCCUGUAUCAUUGCUGAUUGUGGAGAACACAAAGCAGGCGAUGACUGGGUCCUGGCUUCUAACGACGGCUCCGGAGACGUACACCCAGACUUCCCUGAGGACUCAGACAUCGACUUUAAUGACGCUGAUAAAGUCUUGUCGGUGGCGGAGGACAUCAAAAAUAUCGGGAACAGCUUUUUCAAAGCCCAGGAUUGGCAAGGUGCAAUGAAGAAGUACUCCAAAGCUAUUAGGUAUUUAGAGCUCUGUGGCAAUAUUCUGGAUGAUGAAGAUGUGCAGAAGAAGCUGGAGCCCACGGCUCUGAGCUGCAUCCUCAACACGGGAGCCUGUAGACUCAAACUGCAGCAGUGGCAGGAGGCCAUCGAGAGCUGCGAUGAGGCUCUGGAGCUGAAUCAGACGCACGCUAAGGCUUUGUUCAGGAGAGCGCAGGCAUGGCAAGGCCUCAAGGAGUUCAACAAGGCCAUGAUCGAUCUAAAGAAAGCACAGGAGGUUGCACCAGAAGACAAAGCUAUUGCAAAUGAAAUGCUGAGGGUCAACCAGAAAGUGAAGGAGGAAAAGGAAAGGGAAAAGAAGAUUUACUCCAAAAUGUUUGCAUAACGGAUACACACGCGACGUGUCGUGCAGAUGCUCGCAUCUUUCUGCUGAACAGUCAGUAACAUAGUUGUAGGAGUAAAUACAGAAACAUUAGAGUCAGGAAUUAUGAUGCUGAUAAGGAUAUGCAGUUUACAGGAAGACGUAAUAAGAGAAUAGGAUCCAUUAUACUGUAGAUAACAUACAAUAUGUGUGAACAUUAACGUGUGGUUGCAUAAUGGACUACUGUUUAAAAUUGAUUUAAUCAGAAAGCAAGCUCACGUACAAGACCGCCUCGGGUGGGUUGUUUGUCUUUAUAUUUAUUUGUCUUUAACUUGCUGUUUAUUCAUUGCACAGAUUUAAAUCCAAAAGCAAAAGACUCUCUGUAAGAUCAUAAUUAGUUCACUGUGACAAAUGCAAUCUUACAAUAAAUGUAUUGAUGUUUUAAGAAGA